AUGAAACUUCUCACUGCCCUUCUCGUUGUCAUCGCAUGUGUCGUCUCCUUAGCCAGUGCCGCAGCUGUAAGAGAAAAAAGGCAAUGGGGAUAUCCAGGAAGAGGACCCUAUGGUAGGGGUCCAUUCCCGCGAUUACCCAUUGGACGACCACCCACUGUCAUUAAGAAAGUCACUGCAGUAGCCGUUCUUCAAAAUACUGCACAUUACAGUCUUGAAAGUUUGCGAGUCAAGAGGCAAUGGGGACCACCAUGGGGUGGCCACGGAAUGGGAGGAAUGGGAAUGGGAUACGGUGGAUAUCGGCCUUAUGGUUACGGCUAUGGAGGUUGGCGACAUCGACGACCCAUGAUGGAGAGGACUGUUGUUAUACAUCAUUACCACAACCCAUGGCGAUCAUGA